UUCAUUGAUCGGUUUUUCAUAAAACAAAAUUUUAAUUCCUUGUCACAGUGACGUAUUGCGGUAUAAGAUCCGCUGUUAAAACUAAAUUUACAGACGAAAACUUCACCGGGUGGAAAUUUAAAACAUGGAUUAGAAGACCUGAAAGUGUUAAGAAGUCCUAUGAAGUGCAAUAAAACCUCUGCCCCAAAAAUGUGUUCAUAAGUCUAUUAUUACUUGUGCGCUUGACUCUCACAAAUACGGGAUUAAUCACUUAUGAUUAGGUGUAUUGGGGAGAUUAAAAGUAAAUUCUAGCUUAAGAAAUAUUCAUAUUUACGACUUUAACUUCGGAGAAGAAAAUAUAAGGAAAAUUGUCACAUGGAUAUAACUUACGAUUAUUAGGAUUGAAAUUAACAUUCUAUUGCAUCGGAACUGAAAAUGGAUGAAAGAUACAGACACAUCAUCAAACUUCACAGGACGUUUCUGACCAAGAACAUUGUAUGGACGGACAGUUUACUGAAGUCCCUGAGAGACGAAGGAUUGAUACCAGACUCUGUAUACAGGGCAAUACAGGAGGCCACGACUCGUGAACAGAAGAUUGGGUGUGUUCUAGAUAUCCUCCCCGUCAGAGGGGUCUCCGACUCUUACAACAGAUUCUGUGAUGUCCUCCAAAAGUGUGGCCACGACUUUCUAGCAGACUUCCUGCGAGAUGAAGGAACUUUGGAUGAUGAUGUACUGGCCACAAAGUUUGAUACCAGAGAAAUGUACAGAAGGCUGCCUUUCCUCGAUCGCCUACGAAGCCAUGAGAGGGACGGAAUAGAAAAGUUCUUUGUCGAUAAGUUAAGAACGGAGGCGUUAAAAAUGGUAUGGAAAGAUGACGUCAGAGACAAGGAGAAAGCGGUGGAGGCUCGUCGUAGAUUGAUAGAGCAAAACGACCAGCAUCGAACUGAAGCCGAAAAAUGGAAUACAGUAUUACAAAACAUGAAAGCAAAACUCGAAGAUAGCAAAAUGGAAAUCAACGGGCUUAAUGCUCAAGUAAAAAGCUUAGAAAAUAAUUUGAAAGAAGUAUCUUCCAAGCAUAAAGGAGAUGUAAGCUCACAACUUCGAUUCAACCAAGCCAAUGAGAAUCAGUUACAAAAAGCCAAAGAAAAGCUCAAUAAUGCAGAGGCCACAUUGAGGGAUAUCAAGGGGAAGCUAAGUGAAGCCCUUCAGAGUCGUCCAAAAAAGUUAACUCAAAAACAGGAAGUAGAGUUACAUAUCAACGAAUUUGCAUUUUUGAGUGAGGAUGUAGAUAGGUUGUUAGAGAAGCACGAAGAACUGAAGAGCAUCGGCAUGAAAUACUUUGACCUCUGCGAGCAACGCGAUUUUUGUUUGACACACAUGGGAUUUGAGACUGGUAUGGGCGCCCCCUCUCUGAUGGAUGCUUACAGGGAAUAUGCAGUGAGAACAGACGAAACGAUGACAGAACUGAAAGAGAAAAUUGAAGAAUACGAUGAAAUUGUGCAAAGCUCAAAGAAAAAAGCAGAAGAGGACGAAAAGAAGAAAAAUGCUUUCCAGAUGGGAGCAACGGUUUGGCAAUCUGCCAUAAUGAAUGUCAUGCGAAACCAACUGCAGGAUGUAAAACUCGAAAAUCGAAAGAAGGAUACUCGCAUACAACUACUAGAAGCUGAGGGUUCAAAGUCCAAAAAUAGAAUAAAUGAAUUGGAACAAGAACUGAAAAGAUUGAAAAACUCAAAAUCAAGAACCUCCCGGGAAUUGAUUAGCGUGGAAAAUCUUAACGGAGCUGUAUCGUCCGUAAGUACUGAUAGGAGCGAUCGUCUGCAAGAUUUUGAGGAAGAAACAAAGAAGAGGAGAGCGAGUAAAGAGAAUAUAUUACCACAGAUACAUAAGCAGACUUUCCCUCCCGCACAGUACACAGUUCAGGUGAGUAGUACGAGAAAGUCAAUCGAUGCCCCACGACAACUGGGAAUGCCCACAAACAAAUUUGCUGCUUUACCGGAUGGGCUAACAACGGCCCCAGUUCGUCUGGAGACAAAACACCAGUACAACAAAUAUCUAGCAAAAAGUGUUCCAGGGCUGGGAGAUCUGAAGGCUAUGAAUGCCAGAAACAAGUUUGAAAAAUCACUAAAUCCUACAAAAGUUAGGAAUUAGAAACGAUUGACAACCAAACUUUAGUUUUGGAAGUAAGGGGAAGUAAAUCCAUCCGAUGUUUCGCAUUAAGAAUGUGCCAAUAAUCAGUAUUACAUGAACAUAUAAACUUGUAUUCUUAUGACAGUCUACCAAGCUAUAACAAGUACCAUGUGGAGUUGUAAUGAUGGAAAAUCUUUAUUUCUACAAACAACAUGUGCUUUAUUUUUUUCUUUCGUAAUCAUUUACUUUCGUUCGCUCAAAUUUCCUAAAAAGAAAGCACGAUAAUGUAAAAGAGUUUUUGAAACUGUAUUUGCUGUAAAUACUGGCAUUACUUGUGAUAAUUAUACUGUGAUAUCUAUUUUAAGAUUUAUACUUUAUCUACUUA